UAUUCGUACCUUUUGCAUUGUUUGUCUAUUUAUAUAAUCGUAUGAACUAAUAUUGUUGUUAUCAUAAUACUCCAAAUAAUGGCCGCGAAAGUAUAUCAAUCAGAUCAAGAAUUGGAAACAAGAGUUAAAAAAGCAACUGAACGCAUAUCCGAGAACAUGCACAUAGUUGCAAAUGAACCGUCUCUUGCAUUUUAUAGACUUCAAGAGCACGUAAGAAAGGCAUUGCCACCUAUGGUGGAGAAACGGGUGGAAGUAUUGGCUCUUCAACAACAACUUUUAGGUAGAUGUUAUGAUGUGGAGUAUGCUGUUAGCGCUAUUAAAACCAUGCACGGUGCUGGAAAAAGUUUUGAAAAUACUUUGGAAUUCAUAAAAAAUGCCAUAUUCUUUAAACAACAAUUAAAGUAUGAGGAACAACGUAGACAUAAAAAAGACAGUAACAGAGAUUCGGUGUACAAAAGAUUAUCUGCACACAUUCCAACCUUGGAUCACUUGCCAGAUGAAAUAUCUGAUGUUGUAAGAGAAACUGCUAACAGAGUAGAAUCUAUGAUGAACCAUGCAAGGCACUCCAGUGAAACACAAAAAUCAAAUUAA